AUGGAAGCACCGCAUGUGCUAGUACUCGCGCCGCUCGUCGUUUUUGCCUUGUUCUUCAUUCUUAUUGUCUUACUACGCUCGUUUUUUGUCUUGAGGUGAGUUAAUAUUAAUAAUACAUUUAUUGACCGAUAAAUGUGUACCCUAACAAAUUCACUUAUAUCUUAGAUUGUGAGAAUAUAUAGUACACUUUUAAGCUAAUCGUCUUGAGGGAAAAGACCUCUUUUUUUAGAUUUGAUGUUGUGGCUAUAGUGUUGAUUUUUUUUGAAAUCAUUUCCCAUUGAAAGUUCGCAAAAUUACAUCUUGAUAUGAAUUUUUUGAAAAUCCCAACGUUACUAAGUCCAAAAAAAUUUUUUUCGGGGAAUGAUACAUAAAAAAAUCGAAAAACAUCAAAGCGCUAAAUUAGGCCAUUCUCAGACUUUUUAACUUUUUAAUUUGCUUUUAACUAAAUUAACCUCCUUCUGAAGACUAUUUUUUGAAACGCGUGUCCGGUUUCAGGGAACUUUGAAAUUUAGAAUCUUGUUAUUCUCGGUUUACGAAAUGAUGACGAAUCGAUGACAAAAAAAAAGUUGUGUGCUAAAAUUGCAGAAGAAAAACAGAUAUAAAAUUACAGGUUUAGAUGUACCCAAUUUAAAACUUUCGUAAAAAUAUCUUCUGUAGAAAGAAACUCAAAUUGUAUGAAAUUUUCGAGAUCGAGAACCCGAAAGUAGCGAUUUUUUAAUAGUAAAAAACAAGUUUGAAAAGAAAAAAUCAAAAACUAUCUCGAUUUAACAGCAUUUUCGAGGGGUUUUUAGCGAGAAGGAGAAAAAAUCGAUAAUUCAAAAUGAUUUUCAGUCGCUCUGAUCAACGACGGAGCCGAAAUCAAGAAUUUCGAAGCACCCUGACAACUUUGAGCGUUGAAUCAGUUGUAGAAAUGCCGGGUUCAACGAGUAAUUCCACUUCUUAUCCACAACCUAAUCCGCCAGGUACGUGCUUUUUUUUUAUUUCAAUGCACAAAAGCAAGGAAAUAAUUUGGUAUCGAAAAAAAGCGCGCAGAAUGUUUUCAAUGCCAACAAGAUCAGAAAAACAUAAAAUUUAAAAAAAAGAGGUAUAUUUCUUUCUCAUGAGCCCAAAAAAAUAGUUGACUCACCUUUUUAUAAUAUUACUUCCAAUACUGGUCGUAAAUUCACUGGGUCCCGAUCAUUUUGUAUUAAGUUCUCGGCAUAAUAACUGCAAACUCAAAUUUUUAUCAAUAAAACAAUUUUUCAAUAGAACACAUACCUCCAUGAUUUCUUUUGAGAGGCAUAGAACUGCGUAGGCGUUCACAGUGUUCUUCAAACUAAAACACAUAAUGAUGGAUAUACAUAUUGAAAAUAAGUGAAUUUAAAAAAGAACAAAGAAAAUUUCGCCAAAAGUAAAUCCACCGCAAAUGCGUCGCUGUGUAGGAACACUCUUUGAAUACCAUAAGACGAAAUUAAAUUUUUCGACAGAUUUCAAAGUUUCUCUAUUCUCUAUUCUCUAUUUCUUAUCUAAUUUUAAUUCAUCUAUUGUUUAUGAAUAUGAUUGACAAAUUUUCAAACAAUAUUUGAGUUAAACGAGUAAUUUUCUACCGCGAAAACCAUUUUUGACCAUAUUUUUCAAAUUUAACUUUUCAAUUGGCAAUUGUUUCUUAUUGCUUUCAGUGAAACCAUUUUCCAGGAUACUACUCAGAAGUGAUGACAACGGAGACUUCAGCGGUUUAUCCGGUCUAUGUGCCGCCCUAUGCUGCGCCUUUAAUGUCGUUACGGGACCCCAGACAAUUCAAUGUUCGUUUGCCUUAUUUUUUCUGUUCAAUUCCACCUGACUUCCUGGUAAUUUUGGUCUUGGUCAUGUGUACAACAAACAUAUUCACCUGCUAGAUUCAUAGAUCAAUUUUUUUUGGGAAAAUGUCGGAAAAUGUAAUAAUAGAGUUAAGGUUCCAAAUUAUUGUUAUAAACUGGAGAUUGAGAAAAAGAAGUGGAAGAGACUUUUGUUGAAGGUUUUUUUUUGGAAUAUCUUUGAUUCAAGUGUUGAAAUUAUUGAAAAAAAUUCAAAAAAACACUUUUUUUUAUUUUUAGAGCUACGAGCGUUUCUAAUGUUUUUUUAUUCAAUCAUUUAUUUUCAACGAUAAAUUAUUUCAAAGACUUCCAAACGUGCUAAAACUUUGAUAUUUGUUCAAUAAGCCUUUUUCCAUAAUUGAGUCGAAAUUUAUUUUUUUAUAACGAAAACUAAAGUUUAUUCUUAAUUUUUUCGAAACUUAUAAUUCGUACAAGGGGAUUAAAUUCAAAUUUUUUCGAACUUGCUCAGGGUUUUUGAGAUUUCUAAAGUGAUUGAAAUUUCAUUUGGAUCUCUUUUCUAAUGAAUUCAAAUCGAAAUAGGACAAAAAAAUUAAAUUAAUUACUUACUUUUUUUCAGGGUCUGCCAGGCCUUCAGGCGCCGCCCCCAUACCCGCCGCCUCCAAGUUAUAACCAAAUUCACAAUUUUCCAGAGCUACCAACAGGUAACUCAUUACCUUCACUUCAAAAAUAAUUAAUACUCAUUAAUUUUCAGGUUCCAACACCUUCAUCGACACACAAUCUUCAAGGUCCAGCAAGAAAAUGGACGUGACACCGGUCGAAUAA